CGCUGUUAUGUGUUCAUCCUUGGUAUGUGGAAUAGAAACACUGUAACUAUUUUUUGGUUUUUCUUCCAUUCUCAGACGUUUACGUCCCCGAAGUUCAGGAACCUUCUAAUAGCAUCAGCCACAUUCGGCUGCUUUGUUAAAUCUUCAACAGUGUCUUAUUCGCGUGGUUUUGUUAGUUAUGUUUUGUAAAGUUAGAGUGGGUUUGGCUUCAGUCAGACUCUCCAGUUGUAUAAAUCCGACGGUGAAACUGGUGACGCCUGGGUUCUGUCGACACCAGCGGAGGAACCUCAACUCCGAACCUGCAGGUGUCCGGGUAUUGUAUGAUGGGUUGUGUCCCAUAUGCAUGACAGAGAUCCGCUUCCUUCAGUACCUGCAAAGAAACCGACCGGGCAAAGUUCAUUUUAUUGACAUCUCUAAGCCAGGCUACGAGGGGACAAAAUACAAUGAUGUCACCUAUGAGAUGGCCAUGGAGGAGAUGACUGUAAUCGAUGAGAAAGACGAGGUGCAUCGCGGCGUUCCAGCGUUUGCAGUGAUGUAUGGCGCCGUUGGGCUCGGCUGGUUGGGCCGCUUUAUGAUGUGGUCACCGGUAAGGCCGUUUAUGGAUAAGUCAUACGCCAUCUUUGCAAGGAAUCGACUUAAGUGGACUGGACGGGCAGAGGACUGCACAACAGGACGCUGUGAAAAGAAAUCAGUUGACUCCUCCUGACUUUUUUCAGUAAUAAAAUGAGCUAUUGUAUAUUUAUUGAUAUGAAUAUGUUGCAUAUUGUGCUGCAGGAAAAUCUUGUUAAAAUACUUCAAUGCAAGUGUGGUAAAGACUUUAUGCUUUUUCAUACAUAUACAUAUAAAUUGUGUCGUUCUUGAUGCCUUUUAUUUUGUACGGAUCAAUGAAAAAUACUUUGAAAACGGUUGAACUGCAGCAAGAAUGGGGUGAAAAGCAAAAACUGAAAUUAGACGAGGCUGCAUUUUGAUUAGCAAUACGGAUCCUAUCUGAUUCCCAAAAAAAAUUCUCACAUUUAAUGUCAAAAGUACAACUAAUAAAGUUCAGAUUUGUUCUAUGGAGUUCAUAUUGAGUGACAUUAUUUUCUGUUCAACUUGUAUUCUCAACAUUUCAGAGAGUUUGUUACCUGGAACAAACAAAUUGGUAGAAAACAAAAAAUACAACAAAAAAAAAAAAAGAACACAUUUAAGCAUAAAACAAUCCGGUGCCAUUUCAGUCAGAUUUUCUAAAUAAGUUUGUAGUGGAAAUAAGUUACAUUAAUAAGUUGGUACACUUUCAUAGUUAGCUAUUUGUAAAUUCAUGUUAACAGUAGAAAAAGGAAAGGGAUUGAAAUUGCAUAAUAGUGUGACAUUUGUUUUACAAACUAUCUUUGACUAUCAAAACUAUUUUCGUUACAUUAGAAACAAGACCGAGUGAGCGCUCUUAGCAGCAAACUGUCUUUGACGUAUAUUUCUCCGGUAACCUUGUCAACACGAAUUUAGGCCUUUAGGAGAAAGUAAGCAACUUAUGAAUACUCUGAAUGUACUUUAUACGCGCUGUGCCCUGGAAAACUUUCAUCUUUAUUUUCCAGGAAUGAUGACAUAACUUCAUGACAUAGCUUCAUUUUAUGACAAUUAACUGAACCGGUCCAAAACCCCAGCAGUCCCCAAACAGAACCGCUCCCACCCAAACUCUGGAUCAACACAUACAACAAAAUUUUUUCAUGCAAUUGCCACAGAGGACUUAUGCAUAAUAAAGGUCCCAUUAAGCAGUUCUAGGAAACAAGUUAGAGCAGAGAAUGAUGCCAAAUGCCAAAUAAAGGUAGCAAUUGAUUAUGUUGCAACAGAGAAGAGGUGUCCACAACAAGUCUGGGAGCUGCGUACAACAUUGAGUCAAGAAUGGGUCACCCAUUUUUCUCUGUCUUAUGUUCAGGUGUCACUAAGAGGACUUUAAUAUCAUGCAGGAAUAUGUACACAAUGAUCUGUCUCAAAAAAGACCAAGCCCUUUUUAGACAGCCACUUUGUCCAAACUCAUUCAGGCUUUAUACAUUUAUUAACAGUACAAAGCUCUUUUCAAGUUAUGCUUCAAUCUUCUUUAAAGAAAUUGUUAGGGAAGUAAGACAUCUCCGUUGUUUGUGUUUUUAUUCAUUUACUAAAAAGGAGGCAUUUAAAACCAAAGCUCCAGUUGGGAUUUUUAAUGCACCUGUGCUGAAAAGUCACCCGCUGUCCAGACACUUUAACAUUUACCAUAAGAGGAGCCAUGUUGUUGGGUUUGCUGAAAAUGGCAGUUUUAUUGUAACAGUUCCUGAAUAUCAGUACCAGUCACAAAAGCGCAGGUUUAGUCAGUGGUCAAAUCAGAAAAAACCGAGAGGCAGCAGCCCAGCACACCCUUCGAAAUCCAAAGAGAAACAGAAAGAACAAGAGACUGUUGACUCCAGUGAUGACACGUCUGGAUCAGAUUUAUUUCACAUCAACUCUUUUGCUACAGUAUUUGGGGAGACCUUCACUCAUGUUGCCAAACAUAUCAACUCAGUGUUCUCUGCGAAUGAAAUAGGUAAAAAGAAGGACCUAUCAUCUGUCAAAGGAAUGACCCGGAGGGUGAAGAAGAGGAAAAAAAUCCCAGACUCUGGUCAAAAGCAUGAAGUUAAACAACAUAAACAACAGACAACAAUGCAACACAAAAAGGACUCUGAGGAGUCAUUCCCUCACGUUGCAGGACACAUCAAUAAAUACUUUGACGCCAGCAAUGAUGAAGAUGAAGCUCACAGUGACAAAGAACUUCCUUUCUCAACAAAACCUACCUCAGACGCUGAUAGCUUAAAAGACAGCUAUUCUCAGACAUCAACUCAUAUCAAUGAGUAUUUUAGAUCGCAAAGUGAACAGAAGGACCGUAGUAUAAUUGUCAAACCAGAGACAGACCCGGUAUCCAUACAGAAAACAUCUUUGAUGGACAUCUUACUCCAUCCCACUACUGCUGCCUCAGGUAUCCUGAGGUCAGUUUUUCACGAGACUGAAGUCAAUCCUCCUGUGACUUUACCAGAGACCAUAAUAAAUAAAAGGUGUGUCUUGAGCCGCAGACAAGCAGAGGAGACCACACUUAGGUUAAUAUUGAGACUACAACAAUCCUCAACUCCAGAAGCUAUGACUUCCUGCAUAGAAGUACUCAAUGAACACCUUAUCCGCUUCCCAGCAUGCAAGUCUUUCAUCUGGCAGGGGCCAACUAUAGUCAACCUGUUGAGAGUGCGGCGAACUUACAAACACCAUGGAGGACUGCAGGCCUCUGUAAGAGAAGCCUUAGCUCUGAUUGGUUAUGUGGAGCCAGUCAAAGGUCAGGGCAUCAGAGUUCUCUCCAUUGAUGGUGGAGGUACAAGAGGUCUUGUACCUCUUCAGUUAUUGAAGAUAAUCGAAGAUGAGACCGGCAGAAAGAUUUACCAGCUGUUUGACUACAUCUGUGGAGUGAGCACAGGAGCCAUCUUAGCUUUCAUGUUGGGGCUGGCCCGUGUUUCUCUGGAGGAUUGUGCUGAAAUGUACCGUCAAAUUGGAACCGAGGUUUUCAAGCAAAACCCGCUGGUUGGCACCGUGAACAUGGGAUGGAGUCAUUCCUACUAUGAUACGGCAACCUGGGAGAGAAUACUACAGGAGACGCUGGGUUCUGAGCUGCUAAUUAAAACAUCCAGAAAGAAGGGCACUCCAAAGGUUUCAGCUGUCAGUGCAGUUGUGAACUGGGGCACAGGCCCUAAGGCCUAUGUGUUUCGCAACUACAGCCACAAACCAGGCCACCCUAGCCGCUUUUCAGGAGGGUCAGACCACAAGAUGUGGGAGGCAGUGCGUGCAUCAUCAGCCGCACCUGGAUACUUCCAGGAGUUUCUUUUGCAGAAUGACAUCCACCAGGACGGAGGAAUCAUCAUGAACAAUCCUUGCACCUUGGCGGUCCACGAGAGCCGUUUGAUGUGGCCCAGGACACCCUUUCAGUGCGUGCUGUCCCUUGGCACUGGACGUUAUGACAAUGUCAAGAGGAGCCCUCCCACUUCCACGAGCCUUCGAGCCAAUAUCAAUAACCUGAUUUUCAGCGCCACUGACACUGAAGGGGUCCACACCCUCUUGGGCGAUUUGCUGCCCCCAGAUGUGUACUUCCGCUUCAACCCCAUGAUGAAUGCUGACGUGUCCUUGGAUGAGAAUCAUCCUGAGACACUGGAUAAGCUUGUGACAGAUACCCAGGACUACCUGGACACAAAUCGAUCCAAAGUGGCUAAGCUGUGUUUAGUUCUAAAAAAAAAGCGCUCACCUAUCGACCAAGCCAAGGAUUGGAUUAGUCAGAGGACUUGGGAAAUGAAGAAGUCACUGACGUGAUUUGGUGAGCUGCAGCUUUUCUACAUGUCAGUUUGUGCAGUGCUGUGAAGCACAUUUACAAAUGUUGCAGGAAAAUAGCAAAAGAAUGCGUGGAAUAAAUAAAAAGAAUAAAUAC